CGUCUCCGUCUCCACUCCGAUCAAUCAAAGCAAUAGAAAAGCAGGAGCGAGCUGUGGAGCGGAGAGAAAGAGAGAAAGAGAGAGAAAAACCCCAAACACGGGCUUUUUUCAGCUCGACUUCAGUGGUGUGUAUCUGUGAUUAAGAGGAGAUGGAAGGGCAGGGGAGGACUGGGGCUCGGGGGUAGUUGGGCUUUGCGCGUUGGAAGGUUUCCUGGCAACUCCCGAGGAAGAAAGGAGAGAAAGAAAAGAAGAGAAAGAAAGGGAAAAGUCGGGUUUUUUUUAAGAAGGAGGAGAAGGAAAAGCAGCCCCGGGUGUUGGAGGGGCACUGAUGUCCACCGUGUCCUCUCUCUCCCCGGCUCUCUGCCAUGGGGGAAACUAAAGUCAUCUACCAUCUGGACGAACAGGAGACUCCGUACCUGGUGAAGAUUUCCGUCCCUGCUGCCGCGGUCACUCUGUCCGACCUGAAAAAUGCCCUCAAGAAACCCAACUACAAGUUUUUCUUCAAGUCCAUGGACGACGACUUCGGGGUGGUCAAGGAGGAAAUCACGGACGACAACGCCAAACUGCCCUGCUACAACGGCCGGGUGGUGUGCUGGUUGGUGUCUGCUGACGGAUCACACUCAGACGGAUGCUCGGUAGCAGAGAGUCAGUCGGAGAGACCGCCAUCGGGGGAGAGACCACAGGGCAUCGGAGACUCCAGACCUCCCUCAUUUCAUCCGAAAGCUGCGGGCAGUCGACACGGUGUGGACGAUGAGACGGAGACAGACUCGGUGGUGUCUCACAGGAGGGAGAGAGAGCGAGCUCGCAGGAAACACUCGCAUGAUCACUCAGGUGCGAGGAUGAACGGUUAUUCCCGCGUGGGCAGGGCGAUGGAGCUCGGAGGCUAUGACGUCUGUGACAGUCGCUCCUCCCUCAUGAGCAGUGAACUGGAGUCCAGCAGCUGCUUCGACUCGGAUGAUGACGGAUCCACUAGCCGUUUCAGCAGCGUGACUGAGCAGAGCGGCUCCUCGCGCAUGAUGAGGCGACACCGGCGCCGGAGACGGAAACCCAAACCCCAUCACAUGGAGAGGUCGUCGUCUUUCAGCAGCAUCACCGACUCCACCAUGUCCCUGAACAUCAUCACUGUCACGCUGAACAUGGAAAAGUACAACUUCCUGGGAAUCAGCAUCGUGGGUCAGAGUAACGAGCGAGGCGACGGCGGCAUAUACAUCGGCUCCAUCAUGAAGGGCGGAGCCGUGGCGGCCGACGGGCGGAUCGAGCCCGGUGACAUGCUGCUGCAGGUGAACGAUAUAAACUUUGAGAACAUGUGCAACGACGACGCGGUGCGAGUGCUGAGAGACAUCGUGCAUAAACCCGGACCUGUCUCUCUGACGGUGGCCAAGUGCUGGGAUCCAAACCCUAACAACUGCUUCACUCCCAGGAGUGAGCCCAUACGUCCGAUCGACCCUGCAGCUUGGGUGUCUCACACGGCGGCCAUGACGGGGAUCUACCCCCCCUACGGCAUGAGCCCCUCCAUGAGCACAGUGACCUCCACCAGCUCCUCCAUCUCCAGCUCCCUCCCCGAGACCGAGCGGUUCGAUGACUACCACCUGUCAGUCCAUAGCGACAUGGCCACUGUUGCCAAGGCGAUGGCCUGCCCUGACUCGGGGUUGGAGGUUCGAGACAGGAUGUGGCUGAAGAUCACUAUAGCAAACGCCUUCAUAGGUUCCGAUGUGGUGGACUGGCUCUUCCAUCAUGUUGAGGGUUUUGCAGACAGAAGGGAAGCUCGGAAAUUCGCCAGUAACCUCCUGAAGGCCGGCUUCAUCCGCCACACCGUCAACAAGAUCACCUUCUCGGAGCAGUGCUACUACGUCUUUGGGGAUUUAUCCGGCAACAUGGCGCACUUGUCCCUGCAGGAACACGACGGUUCAAGCGGAGCGUCUGAUCAGGACACGCUCGCACCUCUGCUCCAUCCGGCUGAGGCUCCGUGGCCCAGUUUCCCAUACCAGUAUCCGCCCUCGCUCCAUGACGUACCCCACCAUCACGCCGAGCAGGGGGGCAGUCAUCACAACGAGGGAAGCAGUGCGUCGAACUGCGGCUGGAGCAGGACGGAGGGAAAGACGACGUCGGCGACGACGGCAGCACUGGGGAUGAACGACGUCACCGACGCUGCGGAAUUCGACUUGCGUAGAGAGCGAGCACCGAGCGAGGGAAGCAUUCGCAGCUCCCGCUCUCACUCGCACUCGCACUCGUAUGGCGGUGUGUCCGGGUCACGGCACCUCGCCCACGUGCCCUCUGAACUCUCGGGCUCGCGCCGCUCCUGCCUCACCGCCAACGGAGAGCUGUUCGUCGACAUCAUGUGACCUACAUCGCGAACUACAUCAAGAUCUAACUUUUUUUUCGUUUCCUUUCUUUUAUUUUUGUAUAUUUUUUUAACGAACUACGUUUUAACAGUAGAACCGUAACACAUAGCGCCGUGACGCGUGAACACUAGGAUCAAUAUUUAAAUCCAGAUUAGACUAAAAACACAAUGGGAAUAACGCUAGAAUACAAAACCCUUUCUUUUUGUUUUUUACAUUUUAUAAUAAUUAUUUUUUAUUUCUUCAUCUAGCUAGCAGACGUGACGAUAAUCGCUCGUACCAUGUAGCAUCACGUUUCCGGGUUGUUGUUUUUUUAAAUACCGUCACUCUUUGCUUCUUAUCCCAGUUUCCAAGAAAUUCCAGGCUAACAUGAGCGCUAACGUUUUAGCAAAAGGUGUUUUUUUUAAAAAAAACAAAUAAUUAAA